AUGAAAUUUAAUCUAAAAUCUUUGGUCCUGUCGUUGGGACUUGCCACCACAAUCUUUACAAAGAUAGCAUAUGCGGCCAGUGCUGCCGACUACUUUGUACGCUCUCUACCUGGACUUCCCGACAAUUCAAACACUAAAUCUCACGCAGGCCACAUAUUAAUUGAUGAGAGCACCCAUUCUAAUAUAUUCUUUUGGUUAAUGCACAACCGUCAUAUCGCUGAUCGCUCCAAACUUAUCAUAUGGCUCAACGGUGGUCCUGGUUGUUCGAGCAUGGAUGGUGUAUUUCUCGAAUCAGGACCCUGGAGAAUAAACAGUGACCAGACACUAAGACCGAAUGAAGGAUCGUGGAAUGAAUAUGCUAAUGUGCUAUACGUUGACCAGCCUGUAGGCACUGGUUUUAGUUUCGCUGACAGCAAUAGUUAUUUGACCAAUGUGACACAAGUACCAGGACAGUUCCUUCUGUUCCUUGAUAAGUUUUUUGAAAUCUUUCCAGAGUAUUCCAAGGAUGACAUGUAUAUUACUGGCGAAAGUUUUGCCGGAACAUAUAUACCAUACAUAGCUAGCGCUAUUUUACAGCGUAAUCACGCCCGAAAGACUGCGGACUAUCUCAAGUAUAACCUCAAGGGAAUAGCUAUCGGCAAUGGAUGGAUAGACCCCAUUACGCAGUACAAUGCAUACUACACCUUCUCGGUCGAUCACAAUCUUUUGACCGGUGAAUACAAGAAACUUGCACAAGAUCAAUUAAAGCUUUGUAUGGAUACCGAAAAGGCGAACACCACCAUUCAUUUAGACAUUUGUGAACAGGUCUUGUUGACCGUUCUAGAAAGUUCACGCGUUCGAGUCGGGGCAAAUGAAACAUGCAUAAAUCAAUAUGAUAUUCGAGAUCAUUCUGACUCAUAUCCUUCCUGCGGGAUCUCAUGGCCUUAUGAGCUCACCACCGUCUAUGCAUACUUAAGAAGGGCAGAUGUCGUCGGGGCGAUUCAUGCUGAUGCUCAAAAGAUCGGAUGGGUUGAGUGCAAUACUGGCGUUAGUCGAGGAUUCACAAAUGAUCUCAGUACACCGGCAGUUCAGUUACUUCCCUCCAUUUUGAAACAAAUUGAUGUUUUAUUGUACAGUGGCGAUCAAGAUCUCAUUUGUAAUCACAAUGGUACUGAGGACAUGAUUGCUGAAUUAACAUGGAACGGUGCCAAAGGGUUUCAGAAUCUCACAGCUACACCUUGGUUUGUCAACAACUCACUCGCUGGCCACAUUUUAUCAGAACGAAACCUUACAUAUGUGCUCAUAUACAACGCUAGUCACAUGGUUCCGUAUGAUGCCCCAGUUGCCAGUAUGGAUAUGAUAUAUCGGUUUAUAGGAUUGAAUAAUCAAAAUAUGUCGAAAUUCCCAUCUAGCGUUGGUUAUCCGUCCGAUAACACGGUCACCACACAACCUGCACAACCUGAUUCUAGUAAUAACAAUAAGUCGGAUGAAGAUAGUGAAGCUUGGGACCGAUAUUAUAACGCAGGCACGGCCACACUAAUAAUCGUUAUUUGUGGUGCUCUUUGUUUGGGACUCUUUGUUUGCCGAGGAAGAUUGAGAAGAUUUAUAAAGAAUAAAAAUCAACAAAUGAAAUCUGUUGUGGAGAAUGGAAGUGAUGAGAUGGAAGAGUUCGUUAUAGAAACCCCAUCGGAAGAAGUUGAUCAUUUUGGUGAUAGCGAGGACGAGGAUGAUGGUAUUCACAAUUCCCGAAUCCGAAAAAAUCAAACUGAAAGAUAUGUCGAUGUUGAGGAUGAAGAAGAGGAGAGAAUGCGCUUGAAGUCAAAUGAAAAUCUAUGA